AUGGUCAUACUUGGCACCGAAACGACAAUGAAAUCUGAUCAAAUCACUAGUUACUUCUCAAACAAGCUGCCACUCAUCACAGUACCAUCCAUCUCCUUUGCCAAACCCAGUAUGUCUCCCCCGCCGCCCGAUCAAAAGCCCUCACCCGACUCACCCUUCCCGUACCGGGCGUUGAGCGAAGUCCUUCUGUUUGCCACAAAGGACGAAGCGCAAUGGUGGCACAGCACUGCUCCCAUACUAUCCAGGCUACUUAUAAGCUCCAACUAUGACUUGGAUGCUCAAUAUAAGUACCUAUCCUUAUAUCGUGAGCUAGUGCUCCCCGCAUUGGGAGCCUACCCCAAGAAGAAGGAGGGUAGUGAUGUAAUUGAGCCCCAUUGGAAGACUUGUAUCGUCCUCACAGCCUUGCCUAUUGAAUUCAGCAAUAACGUCACCCAGGCUGUCAUUCGCAUCGGAGUGGAGCCUGUUGGACUAUUUGCCGGAACAUCGAAGAAUCCAUUUAAUACUGCCGCCAUCGAGGAAUACCUGGAGCACGUCUCGAGACUUGACCUUGGGGUCGAUUUUGCUCGCUUCCGCGCAUUUGCUGAACAGCUUGUUAUCACUAAAGAGGAAGAGGCUACGCUCACUGCCAACCCAACUAUGUUCCAGAGUCCUUGGAAAACCCAAACUAUCACGGCAAUGGACUUACAGAAAUCGGGGAAAAUCCUUCUCAAGGCAUAUUUUUACCCUCAGCUGAAAUCGGCCGUGACAGGGAUUCCAACUCAGAAACUUCUGAUUGACGCGGUCCGCAAAGUUGAUCACGAACAAAGACGAUUUGGCCGUCAGUUGGCCAGCCUAGAGGAAUACCUGGCAUCCCGCCAGCAUGGUAAUAGGAAGAAGGACGAAAACUCGUCUAUUGCGGACGAGGUCUUUGAUUCUUGCUCCUUCUUCCCAUUUUUCCUGGCCUGUGAUCUUGUCGAUCCCGCCAAGUCUCGCGUCAAGUUCUACGCGGGAGAGCGGCGAGUCGAUCUGCAGACUGUCGAAGAUAUCUGGACUUUCUCCGGUCAACGCACUGAUCCUGAUGCUAUCGCAGGAUUAGAACUGUUGAAACAAUUCUGGCAUUGCCUCCCCGUGCGCGAGGGUUUCUUCCCCAUGCCCAGUGAGCACUGUGAGCUAGGGAAACCUGCAAAGGGCUUCGAGGUGCCGCUAAUGUUCCAUUUUAAUUUCGAUGGCAAGUCACCCUUCCCCGAACCGCAGCUAUAUAUCUGCAUGUUCGGGGUCAACUCGCGCGACGUGAUGGACGGAUUGACUCGGUUCUUUGAACAAAUCGAAUGGGAGGAGAUGGCAAAACACUACAAAGCUAAUUUCCUGGCCAACUACCCUGGGGAGGACUUGGAUGAAGCCGCUCACCUUUGCGCAUAUAUCUCCUUCUCCUACAAGGAUGGUGGAGCUUAUGUAACCCUCUACAAUCAUAGUUUCAAUCCGGUCUGGGAAGUAAACGGAUUUGAAUAA